GAUCUUGGAAAGAAACUUUUAAGAAUGCCUGAACCAGCAAAAUCAGCUCCUGCUCCAAAGAAGGGCUCCAAGAAAGCUGUCACCAAAACGCAGAAGAAGGGUGACAAGAAGCGAAAGAGAGCAAGGAAGGAGAGCUACUCCAUCUACGUGUACAAGGUGCUGAAGCAGGUGCACCCCGACACGGGCAUCUCCUCCAAGGCCAUGAGCAUCAUGAACUCCUUCGUCAACGACAUCUUCGAGCGCAUCGCCGGUGAAGCCUCCCGCCUGGCACACUACAACAAGCGUUCCACCAUCACCUCUCGGGAGAUCCAGACGGCCGUGCGGCUCCUGCUGCCCGGUGAGCUGGCCAAGCACGCAGUCUCCGAGGGCACCAAGGCUGUCACCAAGUACACUAGCUCCAAGUAAAUCAGUUUUAAAGUUUAAACCAAACGGCUCUUUUAAGAGCCCCCACUCUUUUUUAAAAAGAGCUGCAAUUGUCUAUAAGAUUUUAAUCCGAAUUAAUUAAA